CACAGAUGUCAGCUUGAUAGAAAGCUUAACGUAGAUUUUGAAUUUGUUGAUUAGUUUACCUUUUGUUAACUAUUUUAUUAUAAUGUUAUAACUGUUAUUUAAACAGUUAUUGUUUUUUUCAUGAUUUCCUCUGCAUUUAUUUAUAAACCUAAAUGGGCUCCGCUGUUGGGAAAGGAGGUUCCAUUUUGGAUAUACUCUCACCUUUCCACCAAAUUCAUAUUGUUAUGUUAGGCCUUGAUUCAGCUGGAAAAACAACAGCACUUUACAGACUUAAAUUUGAUCAAUAUCUUAAUACUGUGCCCACUAUAGGAUUUAACUGUGAGAAAAUCAAAGGACAGACGGGUAAGCUGAAAGGCACAAAUUUCGUUUUCUGGGAUAUAGGUGGGCAAGACAAAUUACGUCCUCUUUGGAGAUCGUAUACUAGAUGUACUGAUGGUAUUGUAUUUGUUGUUGACUCUGUUGAUGAAGAACGUAUGGAAGAAGCCAAGAUGGAACUUUUAAGGACAGCGAAGUCUCCUGAAAAUGCCGGUGUUCCAUUUUUAAUAUUAGCAAAUAAGCAAGAUUUACCUGGUGCUAAAGAUCCUAAAGAGAUUGCCAGCUUAUUGGGUCUCGACAGUCUUAACCCUGGCCAACUAUGGCAUGUUCAACCAGCCUGUGCUGUCAUUGGGGAAGGAUUGAAUGAUGGACUUGAAAUUCUAUAUAAUAUGAUUUUAAAAAGUCGUCGAAUUGCCAAACAGUCAAAGAGAAAAAGAUAAUCCAUCCUUAUGAUUAAAUGUAUUUUUACUAUAUUGGAUGCAUUCCACCUUGGGAACCAAAAAACUAUUACAUUAAAGUUACGAUUUUUCGAUAUUCGAUCUCUUGAAA